AUGAAGCGUAAACGAGAAUCCACAAGCUUUGACGUCUCACCCUACGCUAGACCUCCUAGUACUCUCACACCCUCAACAGAACUAAUCUUUUCCAUCCUCGAAUGUGAAGAUCCAAAAGAUAAACUCCAAGACUCUCUGAUUCGCAUCCAUGGCGUCACGGAAGCCGGUGAUUCAUUGAUCUUACUGGUCCGUGAUUUUCGCCAAUCACUGUAUUAUCCCAUCACUCAAGCAUUUACAGCAGACGACUAUGUUGCGUUUGAAGCAGGGUUGCGGCAAAAUCUCAAACAACCGGUUGCAGCACUCUCAUUUGAGUUGUGUACAAGAGAACCACUCGACUAUUUCCGCAAAGAUGCACAAAAGUAUACACGCUUCUUGAAGAUCAUCCUAGAACGACCUAGCGAUGCGAGUCAGAUUGCAAUUAUCCUUGGCAAAGCGGACGAAUUGCCUGGCUUGCUCAAUUUGUUUCAACAAGGGAAACUCUAUUCAGCACAAGUCUAUGAAACGGGUGUUUCCUUUGACUUACGAUUCAUGUGUGACUUGGGAUUGACGGGUUGUGGAUGGGUCAAGAUUCCCGCUGGCAAGUAUAGUCUGCUCGAGCCUACUGUACCUUAUGAACGUGCUUCUCUCACGGCAGAAGCAUCGUACAGAGAUAUUGAAGCAUUGUCGCCGAGUCCGAGUAAGCAUGAUGAAGCCAAGACUGCUGCUUGGAGUAAACUCCCACCGCUUCGUUGUCUCUUAUGCAGUUGUCUCGUCUUGCCAAAUGGCACGAGCAACAAGUCUGCACCUGUGACACCCACGAAGAAGAAGACAAAACUCAUUCUGACAUAUGGCAAAGAUGCACUGGAUGUGGGUCUCCUUGAAUCCACUAAAUCAGCGCAAGUCCAUAUCCUCGAGUCGGAAACUGCCAUGAUUGCCGCAUUUCGAGAAUUAUUCCUGGCGUAUGACCCGGAUGUCCUGAGCGGGUACGAUGUCACGGCAGAUGCCAUUCCUGCUAUUCUCCAACGAGGUGUGGAUCUUGGCUUGAAGGACGUUGUUCACCUUUCUCGACUCAGCCAUGUCUCACUCAAAACGAAACGUCGUCAGUUGUAUUCUGGCGCUUGGCUGAAAAAGGAACGCAAGAUGAGUGCUGUGUCGAAUCGAGAACACACAGAACUCGGGUGUACCGGUCGACUUGUGCUCGAUCUGCGGAGUGUCAUUGAACGAGAAGAACGACUACGCACCUAUUCUCUCAAUGAAGCAUCUAGUGUUUUGGCUGGUCGAACGUUGGAAAAGCUUUCGACUACAACCCUUGCUCGUCUGUGGCGAGAUGAUAGCGAUGCAGACGAGCAAUGCCGCGUGCUUGGCUAUGCCUUACUCGAAGGCGAAGCUGCAUUGUGUUUACUCAGGACACAAGCAAGUCUCAUCACCUACGUCGAGCUCGCACGUGUGACUGGCCUCAACUUUGUGGAUGUGGUUGAGAAGGGCCAAAUGAAGCGGUUCUGGAGUUGCCUUCAUCGUUUUUGUAAAGAACUCGAUGUUGUUGUGCCUGAACGCAAUAGAUCAGGCGAUCAGAUGACUCAAUCUGCCCUCAAUUGGAUGCCAGAAGUCGCUUAUGAUACUCAGCACCCUGUUGCAGUGCUCGACUUUCGCUCGCUUUACCCGAGUAUUCUGAUUGCACGCAACUUGUGUUUUUCAACAGAAGUCAUGCCUGGUGCACCAGCAGCUGCUUCUGGCCUCACCCAGGAUGACACAUGGGUCGGCUUUGGUGGUGCGACCUUUGUCAAUGCAGAAACAAAACGCGGCAUCGUGCCACGCAUCCUAGAACACUUUCUCGCGGAACGUGGACGUGUCAAGAAACUCAUGGCACAGUCUACGACGGAUGCGACGCUACAUCGUGUAUUGGACGGUCGUCAAAAAGCCAUCAAAGUCGUGGCGAAUGCAGUAUACGGGGCGAUGGGCGCACGAGAUGCCAAGGUACAGAAUCUUGCCAUUGCUGAUGCCACUAUCAGUGAAGGAGCCCGACUCUUGGCACAUGCAAAGGAAGAGAUCGAGAAGCGCUAUGCAGCACGGCAAGUCCGUGUCGUCUAUGGCGAUACCGAUUCAGUCUUCCUGCAGGUCCCAGGCGCGACUGUCGAUGAGGCCAUUCAGCUUGGCAAGCAAAUCAGUGAAGAAGUGUCCCAGAUCUGGCCUGAGCCUAUACAGCUUGAAUUUGAGAAAGUUCUCUUUCCCUCACUACUACAGAAUCGUAAGCGCUACGCAGGACUUAUCUGGACAAAGCCAGACGAGCCUGAUGGCGUGGAUGUCAAGGGCAUAGAAGUAAAUCGGCGAGACGCAGUGCCCUUGCUCGACACCAUCCUCGGUGACAUCUUUAAACUUCUCUUCCCAGCAAAGAACAAUGCUCAUGACCAAAAGAUCACGGCAGCAGACAGACAAAGCAUCGUCACUCAAGUCAAGCAGUCUGUGAGCGCAGUCGUGAGCCAGAUAUUGGACGGCAAACUCGAUGUAUCACAGUUUGUCAUGACCAAGGGACUAUGGCUAGGCACAGAUGCAUCCGACUAUUCUGGCAAGCAGGCGCACAUUUCUGUCAUUGAGAAGAUGCGUGCACGUCAGCCUUCUCGAAUCUUUCGAGAUGGCGAACGAAUUCGAUACUGCUUUGUUCAGGGAGCUCCAAAAGCGCCAGGCUAUGAAAAGGCCGAGGAUCCGGUUUAUGUGAUGGAAAAAGGCUUGCUACUGGAUUAUGCUUAUUACCUUGCACACACAGUGCAUAAUCCUGUGCUGCGAAUACUCGAACUCAUGAUGCCAGUCAAGGAGGCUGAAAGCCUGCUCAAAGGAGCUGGAAGCACGACGAAGCAAAAAGUGGCCGUCAAGGGUACAGGCGUCAUGGGAGCCUUUCUCAAAGCUGGCAAGAAGCAGUUGGCCAAGUGUGCUAUAUGUGGUCAAGACUGUCCACCUAGCAGAAAGCUCUGCACAACGCAUGCAAAGGACGCUUUGGGCAUCAUCGCAACGAAGAAGGAGGAAGCACUUGCAGUUGCCACCACGCGAGACGAUCUGCUCAAGAUUUGUCGAGCUUGUCAGGAGAGCGAGCGUGAAGUGUUGUGUGUCAAUUUAGACUGCCAAAUCUACUUUGGACGGGUCAAGGCAGGAGAGCAGGCGAGUGCAUUGAAGGAGGCCGUCGUUCACCUUGCAGAGGCAGAACAGGUUGAUCUGAGCUGGUAG